GAAAUACAGAAGCAGGCAGAGAGUUCCAGAGUUCACUUCCAAUACCAUAUCCUAACCUAACCUAACCUAACCUAACCCAGCCUAACCUAACCUAACCUAACCUAACCUCACCCAUUACUAUUCAACCCUCUAAUACCAUUCCCAUACAUUCCUAACCUACCAUUCUACUAGCACUCCCUCCACCACGCACAACGCCCACGCCCCGCCACGCCCACGUCUUACCAACGCCACGCCAACGCCAACGCCAGCUUCCCACCAACACCACGCCAUGCCACGCCACGCCCACACCAUGCCACGCCACGCUAUCCCACGCCUGCGCCACGCCCUCACGGAAGCACAGAAGGCAAGAACAGAAAGGGCGUGGGGCGUGACACUCUCCAAGCACCUAAGUUGAUAAAGGUGCGGGCGGGCCGCUAGGUGAGGCCGCCCCCGCCAUGACCCGGCUGUGGGUGGCGCCCCUAUUGUGGGUGGUGGUGGCGGCCGCGAGCGGAGGCGGGCUGGUAGCGGCGGGGGAGCUGGUGACGGGCACGGCCUGUCCAACGUGGGAGGAGAACCCAUGGUGUCCGUGCUACCAGUUCGAUGACGGUGUGUUCCUGGAGUGCCCCAUGGUGUCCCUGGCCACGGUGGGCAAGGUGCUGGGCCUCGUGCGCCGCCCUGUUAAGUCACUCAGCAUCUAUGACCUGGACACCAACAUCACCUCGCUCCCCGCGGGCGUGUUCAGCCGCAGCGCGGGCGUCACCAGCUUGCAGAUCUCCCAGUCCAGCCUGCAGGACGUGACGGAGGGCAGCUUCCGCGGCCUGGAGGACUCCCUGCAGAGCCUCACCAUCAUGCACAGCCGCCUCAAGAACGUGCCGCACGCCGCGCUGCAGCGCCACCAGCGCCUGCGCGCGCUGGACCUGGAGGCCAACAACAUCACAGAGCUGCAGAGCUACAGCUUCUUCAACAUGCACCUCGUCACGCUCAACCUCAAGGGCAAUGGCAUCCGCCUCAUCUCAGAGUACGCCUUUAACGGCCUGGAGGACACCCUUGAGGAACUCAACUUGAUGAACAACAAGCUAAAGCAGCUGCCCAUCCCCGCGCUGCGCCGCCUCGCCAAGCUGCAGACGCUCAAGGCCACCUACAACACUAUCUCCGAUGUGGCCAGCGACGGCUUCUCGCGGCUGCCGGCCCUGCGCGCGCUAGAUCUCAGCAGCAACCGCUUCACGGAGCUGAGCGCGGACACGCUGGCCACCAUGCCGGCGCUGGUGUCGCUGCUGCUCUACAUGAACCACAUCUCGCACAUUGCGCCGGACACCUUCGUCAACAACGGGGACUUGCAGUCCCUGUACCUGAGCCACAACCAGCUGCUGCAGCUGUCGCCGCAGACCUUCUCCUACACCCCCGCCAUCAGGUUCAUCGACCUGGCCGACAACCACCUGCACUCCAUCGGCGACGGUCUGUUCGCCAACCUACCGGAGCUGCAGGAGCUGUUCCUGUACAACAACAACCUGCUCAGGCUGCACAACAACACCUUCGCCAACUCCACCAAGCUGUCCGUGCUGUACCUGCGGCACAACGAGCUGCACACCAUCGAAACGGGCGCCUUCGCCACCACGGAGCUGCUCUUCAACCUGCAGCUCAGUUCAAACAACCUGCAGCGCAUCCCGCCGGGCCUGUUCUCCGCCGCGCGCAGCCUCAGCUCGCUGAGCCUCGAUGACAACAAGCUGCGCGAGCUGCCCGAAGGACUGUUCCGCCACCUGGGGGAGCUGCGGGAACUGCGGCUGCAGGGCAACAGGCUGGGCAGCGUGUCACGCGGGGUGUUCUCGCCGCUGCCCAACCUGCUGGAGCUUCACCUGCAGGACAACAGCAUCCGGCACAUCGCCAAGGAGGCGUUCUCCUCCCUGGAGAACCUGCAGCACCUCAACCUGGAAAACAACCUGGUGGAGGAGCUGCCCGACGCCCUCAGCCGCUACCCCGCCAACCUCAUCACGCUCAAGCUGUCCAGGAACCAGAUCCGCUCCAUCCACCCCGACGCCUUCCGCGGCCAGAACAAGCUGGAGAUCUUCUGGAUCAACGACAACAACCUCACCACCGUCUACAACGUCAUGUUCAGCGACCUUUCCUCCCUGCAGGAGCUCUACCUAGAGAACAACAGGAUCUCCACCAUUCAGGACCGCAGCUUCAAGAAUAUGAAGAAGCUGAAGCGCCUCAAUCUGUCUGGCAACCAGCUACAGCACGUCAGCUCGCCGCUGUUCGAGGGGCUGCGUUCCCUGGAGCGGCUGCACCUGGCCCACAACCGUAUCAUGGACGUAGAGCCGCAGACCUUCCAGCGGCUGAAGCGCCUAGUGGAGCUGGACCUGUCCCACAACGAGAUCUUCGUGGUGCGGCGGUACAUGUUCGAGGGCACCAUUCCCCUGGCGCGCCUGCUGCUGCGCGGCUCCAUGAUCACCGACAUUGACCCCGACGCCUUCACGGACCUGCUGUACCUGGAGGAGCUGGACCUCAGCACCAACAGACUCAAGCACCUUAAUCGAUUCUUCCUCAACGUGCGCAGCAUCAAGCGCCUCAGCGUCGCCGACAACCAGCUGGACAACAUCGAGGAGGACGCCUUGUACGGCUUGCCCAGCCUGCAGACCCUGGACCUCAGCGGCUGCGGCCUGCACCAACUGCCGCCCCACCUGCUGGCCGAGGCCUCGGAGCUGCGCGUGCUGCAUCUGGCCAGGAACAGCUUUAGGGGCCUCACGGCGGCGCUCUUCCAGAAGAUGAAGGGUCUGCGGGAGGUGGACCUGUCCCACAACAACCUGACCAGCCGUGUGCUAGACUCCCUGCAGGGCCUCACCAAGCUGGAGGUCCUCAACCUCAACGGCAACCCAGUGGAGGAGCUGACGGGCUCCCUCAAUGACCUGGACGGCCUGCGCGAGGUGCUGCUGGCGGACACGCGGCUGUGGAGGAUGGAGAACACUGUGUUCGGGCGCCUCAAGCACCUGCGCCACCUGGACCUUUCCGGCAAUCAGCUGCGCACGCUGCCGCCGGGAAUCUUCGCCAACCUGAGCGUGGAGCGCCUCAGCCUGGCGGACAACGCCUUCAUGCAGAUCCCCAACGCCAUGUUCGUGGACGGCAUGCCCGCCCUGCAGACCCUCAAUAUGUCCGGCAACCCGCUGCGCCGCGUGACGGGCCCCCUGGUGGCCGGUGGCCCGCCCCUCGCUAUGCUGGAGGAGCUGGAGGCCGUCAGGACCAACUUGACGCUGCUCACCAGCCACGACCUGCUGCUGACGCCCAACCUUCGCAGGCUGCACCUCGCCCACGCCGCCAUCGCUAAGAUCUCGCCGGGCUGCUUCAGGAAUCUCACCUACCUCACACACCUCAACCUCGCCUUCAACCACCUGGAGCUGCUGCCGCGCGAGAGACUGCGCGGCCUCAAGUCCCUCUCGCACCUCAACCUCACCGGCAAUAUCCUCAAGAAGCUCGACCAGCUGCCCUCCGGCUCACAGGCACUCAAGGUACUCGACGCCUCGGCCAACAUGCUGACGGGGCUGGAGGAGGCCACCUUCAAACACAGCACUGGGAUCGAGAGACUGAUACUCUCCUCAAACUGGCUGGCCACUAUACACCCCCGCGCCUUCUCCCCACUGGCCACCUUGCAACACCUUGACCUGGCUGAUAAUUACCUGGAAAGGCUCGGAACGGCGGUGUUGCGGCCCGUGGAGAGGAGCCUGGUGUCCCUGAGCCUUGGGGAUAAUCCGUGGAAUUGUGGGUGUGAGGUCAAGGAAAUGUGGGCGUGGUUGCAGGAUCAUCUCUCUCGUGUGCCUGACCCAGCCGCCCUCACCUGUGCCCAGCCUAAGGGUCUGGAGGGGCGCGCCUUCCUGCUGCUUCCGUCGUCGGCGUUCUGUCCCCAGCCAGUGGUGCUGCGCCUCGCCAUUCAGGACAUCCAGAGCCAGUCACUGCUCGUGUCCUGGCAGGCCACCAACUCAUCCGCUGUGUACGGCUUCAAGGUGUCGUAUCAGCGCACGGCAGGGGACGGGCGUGUGCUGGGCAGCCUGAACACCAAGAGUCUGCCGCCCUCGCCACGUACAUACCAGCUCGAGGGCCUCCUGCCGGGCGCUAGUUACGUGGUGUGUGUGCAGGGCCUCACCACCGCCGCCCGCCCCGUCAGCCGCGCACGCCCACACACCUACCUGGACGCCCCCACCCAGCCCACGCAGCCUCAGGACUUGGACACGAAAUGCACACGCGUCAAGACCCUGGAGCAGCCUCAGGCCCACGUGGUGCUCAACAACCGCCUGGCCAUCAUUAUCGGAGUCUCCCUGGGCAUCUUCAUCUUCAUCGUCACAGGAACCAUUGUCUGCUGCUGCCAAGUGUGCAAGAACAGACGCGAGCAGGAUAAGCCAGAGCCGCCCCCAGCUAAGGACUUCCUCUCCUACAGGCACUUCUCCCUCCCUGGCAACGACGCGAACUCCUACGAAGGAUACACCGCUUGUUAAUCCCUUUCAGUACUGGGACGUGUUUUUACCGUGAGAUUUGUGUGCGAUUGGGGGAUUUUAUUGACUUUAGGAAGGGUCUAUGGUGGUCAGAAGAUUAAUGGCUACAGUCUUCACUAUUUCAACUCCUUCAUUACCGGGACGAGUUUUUACCUUGAGAUUUGUGUACGAUUGGACCAUUUUAGGAAGAGUCUAUGGUGGUCACAGAAUUAAUGGCCACAGUCUUCACUAUUCUAAUCAACCGAAAUGAGUUUUUUUUUUUUGUUUAAAAUCACCAAAUAGAACUGCACGUGAAAGAAAAAGGAAAUGGUAGAAGUAGGAGGAAAAAUAAAAACAAUCUAGACAGGAAUGAAAGUAGAAACUGUGAUGGAAAAUGAAAAAUUUGUGAGAAACAUGAAAUGGGAGGAAAAUGAAUGGAAAAAGGUUAAAAAGCUUGGAAAAAGUGAAUUAAUUGAUUAGAAAAGAAAUGAAUCGAAAAAUGGCGGAAAGAAAUCCAGAAAAAUGCUGAAAAGGGAAAGUAAAAAAAAAAGGAAUGAAGAAAGACCUCAAACAAAUUACUUCAAUAUAUAAAAGAAGAAAAUUAACAAAAAAAAAACAAUAAAACCGUAAAAAUAAAGAAAA